GGGAGAAGAUCAGGAAGCACCUGCUCCCAAAGAGGAGGAGGAGAAAAACUCUCAUUAAAAAGUGAGGGGAAAAUAGCACAAAUUCCGGCUUUUAAAGUGACUCAUAACCCUUCUUUAUCAAACCAACUAGAUUUUUUUUCUUUUCCCUCUCCAUGCUUCUGUGCGUAAAGAACAUGGCACUGAACUAUGUGCGUGUUCGCUUUGGACACUUCUCCACAGACUCUUGUUCCAGGGGCGGUUACGCAUGAGCGCAUUCACACUUCUGCAUGAACCCGCUUUGCCUUUUUUUUGUUGCUGAACUUAUUAAGUCCAGCUCGCGCUCACCGGCACUGACGGUGGCAAAAAAAAAUUCUUGUAGUCACGCGCGUUUAUCUGCGGCACGCAAAUUGGCGCGCGCAAAAGAAGGGAUGCCGGUCAGGCGUGGCUUGGGGUUUUUUGAAUAUCCAGUUUGAUAAUGCACGGGGAGUAUGUGUAUAAAAAGGCUGAUUGGAGACGAUAAGCGAGUUUUGAGUAGCGAGGGAGCGUGGAUGAAGCUGAGCUCGUGCGUGGGCAUGUACUGUCUUACUUACUGAAUCGGGUCACACUUAAACGGGGCACUAUGACAGAGGUCGGCGGAUUCCUCGGCACAGUCGAUCUGGAUUUACCGAGUUUCACAGCGCUCGGGAACACGCCUCUGUCCGACUCGCCGGCCGGGUUGAACGAGCGCCUCGGACUGAUCGAGGGCAGACUGCGGCGCGGCUCUCUCACGGACUACGAUCAUCUCAAAGGGAUCCUGCGCAGGAGGCAGCUGUACUGCAGGACCGGCUUCCAGCUGGAGAUCUUCCCCAACGGCACAGUGCACGGCACCAGACAGGACCACAGCAGAUUCGGUAUCCUGGAGUUCAUUAGCCUGGCUGUGGGGCUGGUCAGCAUUAGAGGGGUGGAUGCCGGACAAUAUCUGGGAAUGAAUGAAAAAGGAGAACUCUAUGGGUCGAAAAAGCUGACAGCAGAGUGUGUCUUCCGUGAGCAGUUUGAAGAAAACUGGUACAACACUUAUGCCUCGACGCUGUACAAACAUGCAGACACCGGGAGGUACUACUAUGUGGCCUUGAACAAGGACGGUUCGCCUCGAGAAGGCGGCAGGACUAAAAAGCACCAGAAGUUGACUCACUUCCUGCCCAGGCCGGUGGAGAUUGAAAAGAUCGCCCAGGCAUACAGGGAUUUGUUCCAGCACAGGUGACCAAAAGUCCAGCCAGCGCCGGAGUAGCCGGGAGGGGUGAAAGGGAAUCUGAGAGAAAUUUAAGGUUUAUGGAGACCCUCCUUUUCCCCCCUUACGACUGUUUAGAUUUGCCUUCUGGUCCAAAGCAAGGAGUCCCUCUCCAGCGGUGACUGAGAUAAACAGUACGUGUGUGUUCCUGGAUGAAUCUGUUUCCUCUCCUUAAUGGGUUUUAAACCACAGUGCAGAGAGGACAUUCCUCCAUCCGCCACCAGUGCCAAGUGGUUUCUAAAGGAGAGGUGUUGACUUCAGGGGCCUCAUGGUGUCAUGCAACCACCUCAUUCUUAGAGAACUUGGUACUCGCACAGAAAUCGCUAAACGAACCACUCACGAUGGAAAGACCCACUUGUGAACUUUGCUCUAGUUUUGGUCUUGGCCAUUUCAGUGUGUCAUACUUUUUUUAAUGUCUCACAUCCGCAAGCCAGGUUAAAUCUUGGAUGCUUAUGACUUUUAGUAACAUUAGCACCACUAAAUUCAAACGUAGGCACUAAUCCCACUGUAAAAACUCACGCUCGCGUUCAUAAUACAGUAGGCAUGCACAGCAAGCCUUGCUAAGGAAUCAUGGUGCUGAUCCUAUGGUGAAAGGAAAUGAGAUUAUGGGAAUACUUAUAUAGGGGCUAUUUACGUGGUGGACAAGGACAAUUUCUUCCAAAGAAUAUACAGUAGCAUCUCAAUAAGAGAAACAGAUUUUUUUUUUUAUAUAUUUUUUUUUAAUACAAAAUGUAUAUUUAAGGACACUUGGCGAGACACAAGUGAGAGGUACUGCUAAGUAAUAAAACUGGCAAACCUAUGGAAACAAUCACUAAUAAAAAGACAAACUAUAAAGGACUUCAGGGUUUUUUUAAGAUAAAGGCCUAAAAGACCACCAAAGUGGAACGAACACCUGUCAGGACAGGGUGGAGAAGACCAUCUCCAGUGUGAGACACUGAGAUAAAGCACUUAGAGAAUCCACUCUGCAAUUUCACUCCUUUUCUUUUGAAGGUUCUGGAAAAGUCUGCUUGAUGACAGCUAUAAAAGAAAAGUAAAUGAAUGCACUCUCUAGGGGGAAAAAAAGGAAUGAUAUUUCUAUUGAAACCAGGGAAAAGCUACAGCAUAUGUAGAAUGGUUGUGCAGUGUGUUGGUCAACUGACAAGGUGUGAUGUGUAAUGUAAGGCUGUCAGGAACAUUCUUAAAAUGUAAGUGACGAGUGUAAAUAUGGAUGAACCUAUUUAUAAGAUGUACAAUAUAUUUAUUUUCUACAUAUAAUGUAUAAUUCUAAAUCUUUAUAUAAAUAUAUUUAUUUA